AUGAGGCGUGUCUUUCUGCCCUGGGCGGCCGCCACCGUCUUCUUGCUGGGACACGCGAACGCGUCAGGGAGAACCAAGCCGGGAAGCGCAUUGGAACUUCAGGUGAUCAACUUUAAUUUCGAAACCGUGCAGGUUACGUGGAACACAAAUGCAUACGCUGGGAUCAACUUCACUUUCUUUUACAAAUUCAAGACAAAGGAGGAAUACAGACCCUGCUCCAGCUACGUCCUUCAACAAGGUUACAGGGCCGGGUGCCUCCUGGAUGUACAAGGAGAUGGGCCUCUGUAUUUUUCCAUCCGGAAUGGAACAGAGCCUCUCCUCACCAAGGGCCUAGAGAUUAGCGCUUACUUGAAACCCAGAUCCCCCGACGACCUGAGCUUCCAGUGGCGGGAGGAAGCCGUGACGGUGACCUGCUCCAACCUGGGAUACAACGAUCUCCAGUAUGAAAUACAGCACAAGACCAUCUUUGACUCCGAGUGGCAGUCCGCAGAGGCAGAAACCUGCAACAUCACCAUCCACGGUUUGGAUGCUGAGAAGUGUUACUCCUUCCGGGCCAGGGUGAAAGCUCUGGAGUUUGCCUACGGCUCAGAAACGUACCCCAGUGACUGGUCAGAGGUGACGCACCAACAGAGGGGUGUGCUGCGAGAUUCGUGCUGGGAAAACAGCUUUUUCCCCAAAUUUAUUUUAAUUGCUGGAAUGGUCUCCUUCCUGACAGUCUUCCUUCUGCUUCUGUCUCUAUGGAAACUACACAGGAUUAAGAAGGUUCUCAUGCCCAGCGUUCCUGAUCCCAAGUUCUCUUUCUUGGGGCUGUUUGAAUCCCACCAAGGUAACUUCCAGGAGUGGAUCAAGGACACGCAGAACGUGGCCCCCUUGAACAAAAUGGAAGACGGGGACCUGGAGUGCGCCCCCGAAGAUGCCGUGGUCGUCCAGCCGGCCGAGGCCGAGACGCCCAAGACCCUGGUGAUGGCGAGCCCGCUGUACCCGCAGACGGGGGAGGAAGAGGCCGCCGGGGACUCUGGCCAGCUCCCUCGCCAACAGCCCCAGGGCCGUGGGGUGAUCUCUCUUGGGGAUUUCACGUUUGUGAUGAGUGACAACUCUUACAUGAUGUUAUGA